GAGAACGCGCCCAUGCGGAUGAAGGGGGUCAGACAGUGCCAGUCGUGACCCGUGCAGAGUCACUCGAAGGGAGAGAGCUGUGAAGAAGAAUGCUGGCCUUCUUGGUGCUCACCUUUGCCCUCGCCGCCAGCGCGUCGGACGCCAACAACAACAACAACAACGGCACAGCGGUCGGAGAGAAGCUCGAUAUCGCCCGAGGGAAACUGCUGGCUCCCAGCGUGGUCGGAUGAGGCAUAAAGAAAAUGCCCGAGCUCCAUCAUUUUCUAAUGGAGCGCUGGGCUUUAUACCACAACUUGGAGUACGACUCAUCGGAGGAGAAGAAUCCCCGUCUCAUUUUCUAUAACGAAAAGGACGAGGUGGUGAAGACUGUUCCCGUGAAGAAAAUGAAGGCUGAGGAGAUCAGCAGCCUGUUGGACUCAUUGGGUUUCUACAAGAGGUCCCAGAAAGGGGAAGAGGUGCCGGAGGAGUUCCAGCAUUUCCCCCUGCGGCCCCCCAGGGACGAGCUGUGAUGACACCUUGUGGCCGACGUCUGCCGCUGCACCCGCGCUCACAUUAAUGACGAGUGGGGCCCCAAGGCCAAAAGCCAAAAGGCCAGGCACCACUCUGAGGACUCGCUGGCUGGGUGCAGUGUGUCCGUCGAGGCCGCGUCGCUCUGUUUAUGUGCUUUCAGAAUGAAAAUUUAAAAAGCCUGUAAGAGAUCUCAAUAAAUGGAU